UUUUAACUAUCAAUUUUAUAGGGAGGAGAAAGGGACGGGAGCUGCUCAUUCUCGUUGAAUCCUUCACUGUUACAAACCAAUCACAAAAACUAGUAAAAUAUAAACUCUCUUGCCUCUUGUUUCCUCCGUUGAAAUCUUUCAAAAUUUAAUCGGAUUGCUGAAGCUUUCAUUCCUUGUUGUUGCACAAACAAACACUACUUAAUAAUUAAAGUAGAGAGGUUUUAUUUUCUGGUGAAUUUUGGAUACACCAAAUGCCAUCAUCACCUAUGUCGCCUCUGUGGCAAGAGAAGGCUAGUGGUUUCAUUCAAUCCUCAGGGGUCAAGCUUAAAGGAGCAGGACACUCUGCUGGGGCAUUUGUUGAGGAAGCUGCCAAGGAUGCAAAGGAGAAUGUUUCUGAUGUGGCUGGAAAGGUUGGGUCUGCAGUCAAAAGCCGUUGGGCUGUCCUGCAGCAGCCAUCAACCAGGCAAUCCAUGCAGGAACGUCUUAUUUCAGCUGCGGCCACAACAAGCAUGUUUUUGAGGAAGGGGAUAUCAGAAACAAAAGAUAAGAUGGCUGUUGGAAAAACAAAAGUGGAAGAGGUGGCAAAGAAGACUGCUGAAAAGAGCAAGAAUCUGCUGACAGAUUUGGAACGAUGGCAAAAGGGAGUUGCGAGUACUGAUGUAUUUGGGACCCCCCUUGAGCUUACUGUCCAGCACCAAGAGUCUAGUGCCCCCAUUCCUUGCAUAUUGAUGAAAUGUGCAGACUUCCUCAUAUUGUCAGGACUGAGCUCCCAGGAGUUGUUCAAGGCACAGGGUAACAAAAAAGUCCUGCGGCAGUUAGUAUCCUUGUACAAUCAAGACCCAAAUGCAUUGCUACCUGAGGGGAUAAACCCUGUUGAUACUGCAGAACUUAUGAAGUGCUAUAUUGCAAGUCUCCCUGAGCCGUUGAUCCCGUUUGAACUGUAUUAUGAUAUCAUAGCUGCCCGCUUCAGCCCACAUCUAACGAGAAAUACUCUCAAGAAACUGGCCACUGUUAAUUAUAUGACCCUAGAACUAAUUACUGCACUCUUACAUCGUGUCAGCCAAAAAUCUCUUCUUAACAAGAUGGAUGCUCGAAGCCUUGCAGUGGAACUGGCUCCAAUCAUUAUGUGGCAGAGAGGCCAGAGACCAGAGCAUUAUAAACAGAUAUGGAACCAACCAGAAAAGUGUGCUUCUAAGACAAACAUAGAUUCUGCCUCCAACAAUAGUGUGGGGGAGAUGCUUUCAGCAGAUGAUGAAGCUGAAGAUGCAUCAUCCUCGAUCCCCCUUGAUGAUGGAAUGACAGGUGGCCUUCUUGCUAUUGAAGCUAUUCAGUGCUUGAUUGGAGAUCACAGUUCAAUUUUCACAGAAUCAAGCGAAACUGCAUGGAGAUAGUUCCCGCAACACACCUGCACAGAUUCUGUAGUGGAAAAAUCGAGGAGUUGCCUCUCUAAACAUUCAUAAGCAAUGUCAAUUUAUUGUUUGUAAAUAUUUUAAAUGAGAUGUUUGGUUGUAACCAGAUCCCGGAUCGAUCGAUUAUGUUUUAGGAGGUAUUAUAUUUUCUUUCAUUUUGAGAAUAUAUCUUUACAUCUUCUUGGAACAAAAGGUAUAAAGUUAUUUAUUUUUGUU